AAUUUAUGUUGUGUAGUUCAAAUUAAGAAAAUACCUCAAUGAAUAAAUUGAUUUCUUAAGUUUCCGAUUUUUCUUUUGAUCCAGAGGUACUUAUAUAUCAAAAUAAAAAUUAGUUUGAAAUAUAUGCGGAUUAUUAUCAUAAAAAAAUAGCUUAAGUAACAAAUCAAGGAUCAGUUCGAAUUUUUGAAUUGAUAAAUAAAAAUAAUAAGCAAAUUAAAAGGUUGAUAGCAGAAUUCUAAGCGUAUGAUAUCAUUAAUGAAGCCAUUAGGGUUAAAUAAUUUCAUUAUCAUGGUUAAGUCCAAAAUAUGAAAAUUUGAUUGCUACUUGUGGUUUAGAUAACAAAAUAAAAAUUUGGAAAGAAUAAGCAAAUUAAUGGAAAAUUGAAAAAUAGAUAUUACUAAGUCAUUCCUAAGCUAAUAUAAUUUAAUGGGCAGAUAAUAAAUUUAUUUUAGCAGCAGGAUAUAAUAAUGGAUAUUUAGAAGUAAUCGAAGGCUAAGAAUAUAAAGUUACUAAUACUAAUGCUUAUAAUUAAUCAUUAUUUUGCUUAGAUUGGUUAAAAAGUGAAUAAGAAUAAAUUAUAGCAACAGGAGGUAUAAGCGAUAAUCAAUCAAUUGUAAAAAUUUGGAAUGUCUUAUCAGAUUAAUAAACUAUUAUUGAUAAAGUCUAUGAAUACUAAUGUUUAUAGAAAAUAAGACAUGUAAAAUUUGCACCUCAAAUUUUUAACUAAGAACUUUAAUUAGCUAUCAGCUAUGGAAAUUUUUUAGAUAUUUUGACUUUAAAUUAUAAUACAGAAUUUAUUAAACCUGUAACAUUAUAAAAGAAAUAAUAAAUACAAUUAAAUGUAAAAAUUAACUUAAUGUAGAAUGUUUGCUAAAAAAUAAGUUGGUCAAUUUUAGGAAAUGAACUUACUAUUUAUUUUGAUAAUUAAAUGCAUCAAUUUUACUAAAGUGAAGAAAAUGAAUAUCUAAAAUAAAAUUGA